AUGCCCGUGUCAAUUCCGGGCCCUGCUCGCGAGCUUGUACUGACCCCCGAAGCGCUGAACCAGGCAGCUUUUGCGGAGUUUGGGACUGUCAUCGAGAAUCCCGCGCCGUCGCUAGUUCCAUCCUCCCGAAUCUCGAGCCUGCCGCCAAAUGCGGUGCAGGCCAACCAAGGCAGCGCCCUCAAAUAUCUGGAUGUCACCCACAUGGAGGAUUACUACCCUCUUGCUCCGAGCAAGGUGGCCUCCAAAGCCGUCAUGAACAUGUUUGUUUGUGCCCCCCGACGGCCUCUUCUCCCGAGCCACGGCCACGCCCACGGCCACGGCCACGGCCACGCCGACACCCGCAGCCCCGAGGGCCACUUUCCCAUCGAGAUACUGGAACGGCAUCCGUACACGACGCAGACCUUCAUCCCUCUCGGUCUGUCUGCUGCAGAAACACACCGCGUUCGCUAUCUCGUGAUCGUGGCUCCCUCUCUGCCGGCGACAGCGGCUGACCAGCACCUGCCUGUCCCCUCCUCACCAGCAGCAGCAGCAGCACCCGCCGCCAGGGAUGAGCUGCCCGGGCGAGGUCUUCCCGACCUCCGGAGGGUCAAGGCCUUCUUUGCCACGGGCGCACAAGCCGUCACGUACGGAGCGGGGACCUGGCACGCCCCGAUGGUGGUGGUGGGCGGCAGGCCCAUCGACUUUGUGGUGGUCCAGUUUGCCAACGGGGUGGGCAUCGAAGACUGCCAGGAGGCGGAACUGGCCGCGGAGAACGGACCGCAGCUGUUGGUCGCCGUGCGUGUGCAGCCCCAGACGCCGCUGAAGCUUUGA